CUGAUGCGCUAGCCGUGUGGGGCGCUCCGGGCGGCGACGGCGGCUCUCGUAGGCGGUUCCGGCCCUGUGUCUCGGGGCGGCGGCGGCUCAUGGCGGCGACGGAGCUGAGAGGGGUGGUGGGGCCGGGCCCGGCGGCCAUCGCGGCUCCGGGCGGCGGCGGCACCGGUCCCCCCGUGGUGGGAGGCGGCGGCGGCGGCCGCGGAGACUCGGGGCCGGGCUCCGGGGCCGCGCUGGGCUCGGUGACCGCGGCGGCGGCGGCGGCGGCGGCGGCGGCAGGCGGCCCGGGCCCGGGCGCCGGGGGAGUGGCGGCUGCGGGCCCGGCCCCUGCGCCGCCGGCGGGGGGCUCCGGCAGCUCGGGCGCCGGGGGCUCGGGCUCGGCUCGAGAGGGCUGGCUCUUCAAAUGGACCAAUUACAUCAAAGGCUACCAGCGGCGGUGGUUCGUGCUGAGCAACGGGCUCCUGAGCUACUACAGGUCAAAGGCUGAAAUGAGACACACCUGCCGGGGUACCAUCAACCUCGCCACAGCCAACAUCACCGUGGAAGACUCGUGCAACUUCAUCAUCUCCAAUGGGGGCGCUCAGACCUACCAUCUGAAGGCCAGCUCGGAAGUGGAGCGGCAGCGCUGGGUCACCGCCCUGGAACUGGCCAAGGCAAAGGCUGUGAAGAUGCUGGCAGAAUCGGAUGAGUCAGGAGAUGAAGAGUCUGUCUCACAAACGGACAAGACGGAGCUCCAGAAUACCCUCCGGACGCUGUCCAGCAAAGUGGAGGAUUUGACCACGUGCAACGACCUGAUAGCCAAGCACGGCACAGCGCUGCAGCGCUCCCUCAGCGAGCUGGAGGCCCUGCGGUUGCCUGCUGAGAGCAAUGAGAAGAUCAAGCAGGUCAACGAACGGGCCACACUCUUUAGGAUAACAUCCAAUGCCAUGAUCAAUGCCUGUAGAGAUUUCCUCAUGUUAGCCCAGACCCAUAGUAAGAAAUGGCAGAAGUCCCUUCAGUACGAAAGAGACCAGCGUAUCCGGCUGGAAGAGACCUUGGAGCAACUGGCAAAGCAACACAAUCACCUGGAGAGGGCCUUCCGGGGGGCCACCGUGCUGCCGGCAAACACUCCUGGCAGUGCUGGUUCUGGAAAAGAUCAGUGCUGUUCUGGCAAAGGAGACAUGAGUGAUGAAGAUGAUGAGAAUGAGUUUUUUGAUGCUCCUGAGAUCAUCACUAUGCCUGAAAACUUGGGCCACAAACGUACUGGCAGCAACAUCAGUGGGGCCAGCAGUGACAUCAGCCUGGAUGAACAGUACAAGCAUCAACUGGAAGAGACCAAGAAGGAAAAGAGAACUAGAAUACCAUACAAGCCAAACUAUAGCCUCAAUUUAUGGAGCAUCAUGAAGAACUGCAUUGGAAAAGAACUCUCAAAGAUCCCCAUGCCGGUGAACUUUAAUGAGCCCUUAUCCAUGCUUCAGCGCCUUACUGAAGAUCUGGAAUACCACGAGCUGUUAGACCGAGCUGCAAAAUGUGAGAACUCUCUAGAACAGCUCUGUUAUGUUGCAGCUUUCACCGUGUCCUCCUACUCCACUACUGUCUUCCGUACCAGCAAGCCAUUCAACCCACUCCUUGGGGAGACCUUUGAGCUAGACCGCUUAGAGGAAAAUGGGUACCGUUCCCUCUGUGAGCAGGUGAGUCAUCAUCCCCCUGCUGCUGCACACCAUGCCGAGUCCAAAAAUGGCUGGACAUUGCGACAGGAAAUCAAAAUCACCAGCAAGUUCCGAGGCAAAUACCUCUCCAUCAUGCCCCUCGGUAGCAUUCACUGUAUUUUCCAUGCAACUGGGCACCACUACACUUGGAAGAAGGUUACCACCACAGUGCACAACAUUAUUGUGGGCAAGCUGUGGAUAGAUCAGUCUGGUGAAAUCGAUAUUGUGAACCACAAGACAGGAGACAAGUGCAAUCUUAAAUUUGUCCCUUACAGCUACUUCUCUCGUGAUGUAGCAAGAAAGGUGACAGGGGAAGUGACAGAUCCAUCAGGAAAAGUUCACUUUGCUCUUCUGGGGACAUGGGAUGAGAAAAUGGAUUGUUUCAAAGUACAGCCAGUCAUUGGGGAAAAUGGGGGUGAUGCUCGGCAGAGAGGCCAUGAGGCAGAGGAAAGCAGGGUCAUGCUAUGGAAAAGGAACCCUUUACCGAAGAAUGCUGAGAACAUGUACUACUUCUCUGAGCUUGCCCUGACGCUCAAUGCCUGGGAAAGUGGCACCGCGCCCACAGACAGCCGAUUGCGGCCCGACCAGAGACUGAUGGAGAAUGGGCGCUGGGAUGAAGCCAAUGCUGAGAAGCAGCGCCUGGAGGAAAAGCAGAGACUUUCCAGAAAGAAGAGAGAAGCAGAAGCAAUGAAAGCCACGGAGGAUGGCACACCCUAUGAUCCCUAUAAGGCGCUGUGGUUUGAGCGGAAGAAGGACCCUGUUACCAAGGAGCUAACCCAUAUUUAUAGGGGAGGAUACUGGGAGUGUAAAGAAAAACAGGACUGGACCUCAUGCCCGGACAUUUUCUGAAAUGGCAGCAACAAAAAGGAGGAGGAUCCAAAGGAGAAGAGGACAGAGGAUGUGCGGGAAAGCUAGCGUUUGGGAUUCUGACCCAGCGCUUUCCUCCAGUUUGUCUGUCUUAACCAAUCAUUUUGUCCAAAUCAAUCACCAGAAGCAGACACCAGUGGUGGUGAUUGGCUGGUUGCCUUAGCUGAUUGAAACUGAAAUCGACUUACUAGGUCCCUGUGUUUGUGGCCAGAAGGUAGCACUGCUCCACCUCUGCACAGCCACGUGUCCUCGGCUCUCUUCGCCCUCCGCCCCCACUUUCAGAUGAUGUCAUUCAUCCUCCCCUGUAGCAUCCUGCUCGGCCAAGGUCUGUGAGGUCAUGAUUCCGGGCCAUUUUGGUGCUGAUCAGGGCGAGAGCUGAAUUUAGAAGCUCCUGGAAAGAGCACGGAAGACUUGACCAAUGGAGGCUUCGUGAAUGACUGCGGUGGAGCUUAGGCAUGGCUCCCGAAAUGGAGUCACACACGGGAUCGGUCUCAUGGGGCAUCGGCCCGGAGAUAACUAUAGUAUCGGAAAAACUGCGAGGGGCCUGUUCUGUAAGAUUGGAAUACUCAGACUUAUGUUUCUUAGAAGUUUGUAUGUGCACUUGCCUAUAGACCCCUUGUGCUGUCCUCCUUUGACAGCAACCCAAGCCACUCUGGUGGUCGGUAGGAGGCUUUGUUAUCCUUGCAGGGGAGUUUUACAGACUUCCUCUGCCGGGGAACUUCUGAGAACAAAAGGCAGGAUGGAAAAGACUGCUAGCCACUUUGCUUUCCCAGUUCUUCCACCCCAUUCUUCAUAGCCUUUCUUGCUCCUCCCCCUCUUCCCUUCCCCCUUCUCUCUCUCUCCCUCUCCAUCUCUCUCUCUCUCUCUCUCUCUCUCUCUCUCUCUCUCUCUCUCAGCGCAAUACCUGUUUGGGUCUGUGCCCCAGUGUGGAGCAAAGCAUUACCUGUCCCAUUCUGAUAGACUUCAGAAUUUGAGAGAAGGAGUUAAUUUGAAACAAAAGUUUCCACCAUCUCUCAAGCCCCAUGGACUGGAGCCACCUCUCGAAUAAUGUGUUAAAUAUCUGUAUAUUAUAUAUAUGUAGAGAAAAAUCUAAUUUUUUUGUUUGAUUUUCCUUCUUCCCAUUCAGAAUCUUGUUUUUUUGAUAUCUUUUGUCUCCCUGGGACUCUCUCUCGGACACACUGAUGUGGGCUGGAGCCUCCUCUGUUUUCCACCUUUGAGGGGCAGACAGAUUCAAAACCUGAGCAGGAUCAUGUCCAGCAGCUCCUGAACAGGGGCUUGAUCCUCGGUCUGUAUCAUGGAGUGCCCACUGCUGUCGAAAUUCUGCUCUCCUAAUUACCUGAGUCUCGAGAAUGAAAUCCUCUUUUUCCCUCUUUUGUUAGGCAGAGUAUGGGUAGAGUGUCAGGACGGUAGUUUCCAGUUUAAUUCUGCAUCUGCCCAAAUGACAGCACAUACAGCUAAUUCCCAAAAGAAAUUUCUUCCUAGGAUGUGGGGCUGAAAGUGCCGUCAUGUGGGGUGGGUAAGAGAACUGCUCCUGUUGGGCCCUGGCUUCCUUCAUUGUGUGUUCCAUAUGUGUUUCAGUUGUCUUGUUUAGAAAUCUGCCCCUGCGCAGCCCGCCCUUGGUUGAGGAUCACAAAUUGAGGUGCCUUCCUUGUAUGCUUUUUGUUACUGUUUUUCAUUUCUGUUCCUUAACUGCUGAGCCUCAGCCAGUGUGGGUCCUGGGGGAAAUAUCAUUCCAGAGGAAGCCAUCCCUGCAUGGAAAUUGGAUUUAUACUGGAUAAAUUAGUAGUAUUCCUUCCUCACCACCCCCCUUCCUAGCUGUGGUGCAUUUGAGAGAUGGGCAUCCACUGGGGAGUUUCCUCUAAGACCCCAAUUGCCACCUUAAAUGUGGGAUUGUGCUGGGGCUUCUUUCAAGGAGGCCCGGAAAGGCUGUGACCUAAUCAGGGGGCUUUAACCAGAGCAGGAAUUCCUCAACCAAACAGAACGUCUCUGCUUUAUCCCCCACCUUUCUUCCUCCACCAUCUGCACUACAUUUCCAGCCUGAUCCCCAGUCUGAUUCCUGCUAAUGGAGAAGCUUUGAGUCCUUCAGGUGAAAUGAAGUCACAUCAAAACAAAACUAUAUAUAUUUUCGUUUUUUUUGCCUUAUUGUUUUUUUUUUCCAAGAAAACUACUAAAUUAAAUAAUUUUUAAAAAGUCAUAUAAUUUGUCUGAUUCACUUGUACUCCUACUAGGUAAGAAGUGGUGGUGGGAGGGGCUGGAGAACUGAUUGGUUUGUUCUAGGGAAUCAGGCAGCUGCUCUUGGUGAGAAAUUGAAAGAAAAACUGGGCAUGGGUUUCCAGAUGUUUCCACUAUUUGACAGCAUUCUAAAGGGCCUGUGGACAGAAGAGUAGUUUUAACGCCCCUUCUGCUUUAAUGGAACAUAAUUGUCAGUGACCCACCUUGGCAUAGGGGAGUCAUUUGUAGUGUUUUUGAUGUU